AUGUCAAACAGACUAGAAUCUCUCAACUCUAAGGCAAGCAAGCCUGCCUUAAAGUUCAAGCCAAAGGUUGUGGCCCGUAAAAGUAAGGAGGACCGUGAGAAAGAAGCUAAGGAGAUCAAAGCUGAACAACCAACUCCACGCGGUCCACCGACUCGUGGUCGUGGCGGUGCCCGUGGAGGCCGUGGAGGCCGUGGAGGUGCACUUGCGGGCACACAUAUGGUGUCGGCGGGUCCGUUAUCGAUGGGUUCGGUUGCAUUGACAGAACUGAAGGCUACCAAGAUGUCUUACCAUAGUCAAGGUACUUUCAAUGCUUCCAGUGAUCUGGGAAGCACGGCUUUCUUGUCGAAGAUGACCCUUAAAACUCGUAGUAAUGUCCCCACUACUAAUGUGGAUUCUGAUGAGGAAGACCACAAAGCUUCGCGAAUCAACAUGAAUAAAGAGUACGCUUACGAAGAGUCCGAAACUAUUCUCUUCCCAGUCAGACCGGAGAAAGAUGCAGAGGCCACUCCUGAUGCGAUUGCUUUGGCUCUGGAGUCUGUUCUGGCUGUUCUGUCUGCUCCUCAAUCGAGAGCUCAAUCCAGAGCUCUAACCGUCGAUUCUGUGAAAAGCGAAGCUACAGAUGGCGUUGCUCCUGAGCUUCCGCCUAUUGCGGAUGUUGCCGGUGACUUAGCCCGUGCAGAGCAUGAUCGUUUGAUUGACGAUCAACGGUCAAUCAUGGACCUCAUUACCUCCAAAGUUGGUGAUAUCAAAACAGAAGAUGCCACUACGCCAGAAAAUAAAUACUUGGUAUUCCAAAUGCCUCAAAUCCAGCCUACAGACUACAAACCUAUCGAGUCCAAGUCAUCAUUUGCCAGCGGAGAAGCACUUGUAUUUGAUGGCAGUGUGGGAAAUUUGAAUUUCCACAAAUCAGGGAAAAUUUCCAUUACGAUGAACGAUGGUUCUAUUUUGGAAUGUACGAAAGGUACCAAUCCUUCUUUCCUUCAAGAGGUCUACAUGCUAGAUUCACUUGCUGCACAAAAAACUCCCGAGGAACUAGAAACUGAUGGUGAUGUCUUCAAUGCUAACAACGUCAAGGUUGGAGGAAGCAUUUUCCGCCUUGGUCAAGUUGUGGGAAAGGUUGUGGCAAUGCCAAGAAUCUAA